AGAAGCGUCCCGCGGUCCCCUCCAUACCAGUGUGCUGUAUUGUACAGACCGCCCGCAUCCAUCUUUCUUGUCAGGUCACAUCUCUAUCCCGUGUCCCAACCCAAGAGUCAAAACUUCACGACUUUCUCUCUUUUAGAUACCCCUAGAUCGACACCACUCACAUCAUAUUCAAAAUGACGACAUCAAAGCAGCGCCUCGCACUCGCCAUCUGCGACUUCCUCAACACCUCCUUGACCGACGGCACCCUCCAGGCCGACGACAAGGACAACAUCGACAUCGCCGUCAACUGCAUCGGCGAGGCCUUCGGCGUCGACCCCUCCGACAAGGCCGCCGUGACCGAGGCCAUCGGCUCCCAGAACCUGCUCCAGAUCUACUCCGUCUACGAGAAGCUCAAGCAAACCAAGCCCGCCGCUGCCUCUGCCUCUUCCUCUACCCCCUCCUCUUCCACCGCCCCUGCCAGCAGCAGCAAUGGCCCCACAGAAGAAGACAAAAAACAAGCCGAAUCGCUCAAGUCCAAAGGCAACGCCGCCAUGGCCCAAAAGGACUACCCAACCGCCAUCGACUUCUACACGCAAGCCUUGACCCUCAACCCAGGCAACGCCAUCUACCUGUCCAACCGGGCUGCCGCCCACUCUGCCGCGCGCGACCACGAGUCCGCUCGCGCCGACGCCGAGGCCGCCGUCGCUAUCGACCCCAAGUACACCAAGGCGUGGAGCCGUCUGGGUCUGGCGCGCUUCGCGCUCGGCGACGCCAAGGGCGCCAUGGAGGCGUACCAGAAGGGUAUUGAGUACGAGGGUAACGGCGGUAGUGAGGCGAUGAAGAAGGGGUUUGAGACGGCUAAGAGGAGGGUGGAGGAGUUGGAGGCUCAGGAUGAUGCGCCUGCCACUCGUGGCGCCGGCGGUGCUGGUGCGGGUGGUAUGCCUGAUUUGAGCAGCUUGGCGGGUAUGUUCGGUGGUGGUGGUGCUGGCGCUGGCGCUGGUGCUGGUGCUGGUGGCGGUAUGCCCGACCUUGGUUCCAUCAUGAACAACCCCAUGUUUGCUCAGAUGGCCCAGAACCUCAUGAGCAACCCGGAUAUGAUGUCCAACCUUAUGAGCAACCCCCGUCUCAGGGAUAUGGCGAACCAGUUCCAGGGCGGUGGCGGUCUGCCUGAUAUCUCUUCGCUUAUGAACGAUCCCAACAUUGCCGACUUGUGAGUCUGCCCCUUUAUUUCUUUUGCGUCAAGAAGUUCGAGAAUACUAACAAGAUUGAUAGGGCGCGCUCGUUCAUGGGUGGUGGCGGUGCCGGCGGUGCUGGUGGUGCUGGUGGAAGGUAACGAGCUGGUGGAACUGUUGAUGGAUGAUUUAUGAUUCUUGCAGCAUUUUUCACCCGCUUAGCUCAGGUAUAAUAUUACAAGUUGGCAUAGCAGGAGUCUACAAGCAGACAUGGAGGCCAAAAUUAAAAGCAUGCACCCUUUCGAAAGGCUGAACCGAUUAUUCAUGCUUUACAGUGUUACUGAUGCUUGAACUUCACGAGAACCCACAACGUGUCGGCG